UUCAGAUCACUUUGUGUGGUCUAUUUUGAUUGGCUCUGAUUGACUGAGUGUGAACGAAAAAAAAGAUGCCGAGUGGUAACGAAGAGUUCGAGCGAUUGAAGCGGGAGGCGAUGGUGAGUGGGAACAAGGGCGCCAACAGCGACCUCCCCUCAGUCUUCAUUCCAAACACGGUGUUCGCUUUCUUAGGGGGAGUGAUAGCUGCCUACUACAUGUUCAGGGGCUUCAAGGCACUCCUUAAUCUCGUCAAGGUGUUCUGCUUCGGUCGAGGAGCUGCAGGAACAGUUGACUUCAAGAAACUAGGCAAGUGGGCAGUAGUCACUGGCGCCACAGAUGGAAUAGGCAAGGCAUAUGCGGAGGAACUCGCAGAUGAGGGCAUGAAUGUAUUUCUGAUGAGUAGAACUCAGUCUAAACUAGACGAAGUGGCCACGGAGAUUGAGAAGGAGAAUAAUGGAGUGGAGACUAAGACGUUGGCUGUCGACUUCUCCAAAACUGACAUCUACGACCAAAUCAGGGACGCCUUGAAGGACCUGGACAUCGGAGUGCUGGUCAACAAUGUCGGCAUGUCUUACACUCAUGCGGAUGAUUACGUAAUGGUGCCAGAGGACAAGCAUGUCGACAUUCUCAACAUCAACUGUAUGUCGGUUGUAAGGAUGAUGUCGAUUGUGAUGCCUGGCAUGAUGGAGCGGAAGAGGGGGGCUAUUAUCAAUAUCAGUUCGGCCAGUGGCAUCCGACCCACUCCCCUGUUGUCCAGUUAUGGGGCCACCAAGGCCUUUGUGGACAGUAUCAGUAAGGCAGUGUCCACAGAGGUUAUCUAUUCGAAAAACCCCAACGUGAUCGUCCAAAGUGUCACGCCUUUCUUCGUCAAAACCAAACUAGCAGGCAUCAAACGCAGUUCCUUUUUUGUCCCAGAGCCGAACUACUUCGCCCAAAGUGCCUUGAACACAGUCGGAGUAUUCGACCACACCUAUGGAUGUCUCUCACAUGAACUGCAAGGAGCAGUAGUCUCGAUUGUUCCGGACUUCAUCUUCCGACUUAUGGCCUAUCGACAACUCCACGCGGCCAAAAUGAAGUUUCUAAAGAAGAAUAAGAAGUCGAAUUAAAUUGGAAGGAAAAUCGUUUUUUGAAAGAGUGAAAAGCGUGUAAACGAAAGCUUUCUAAAGAAUAUGUAAUCAGAUUGGUAUGCGUGAAAAGCUAAUCUUCGUUUGAUUUUCCAGUGUGAAAUUUUUACUACCUCGAAAUAUUAGUGAUUCGUCGGAAGUACUGCUUACUGUUUAAUAAAAACUAAAUUACGUGAAAUUUUGGAUGUCUGAGUUUGAAUAUAUACUUUAAUGAUUAUAUUACCUGAUGAGCGGUGAUUCGUUCCUUCAAAAUAUCGACCAUUCCUCCUGAAGGUAUCUUGAUUUUAAUCAGUUGUUUCCUUUAUAAUAUAUCACAAUUCUACCCCUGUCUGUAAUUGGCUUACAAAAUUAAAAGAGUUUAUAUUGUUA